GGAUUUUAAAUAUUAAACUCUAAUUGUCCAAACAGUGUCUGUGGUUCACUUCCUUAACCAUGUUUGCUGCUCUUGCAGGUGCAGCUCUGUUAUGCACACACAGCCCUCCUCUCUGUUUCCAACAACACCUGCAGUUAAAAAAAAGAGUAAAAACAAACUGGUUGGUUCAGGUUGCAGCAUUUUCAUUGGUCGCUCUCUAAGGAUCUGCCCUCACCUGUACUGCACCUGUAUAACAACCAGGUGAGAACAAAGUGAAGCACCGAUCGCAGUUGUUGCUGAUCCAGCUGUGUGUGUGUCAACAGUACGAGGAAUCCAGUGAGUACCUGCUGUUACCUUAAACUUAGUUAAGUGACAGGUUUGCUGUCCUAUCAGAACAAGAAUGAGAAUAAGCACAAAUUAGUUUUUCAAGUCAAGGAAAAGGCAAACUUUCAGGUUUAUAGAAAGAUAUUAUUUGUAAAUUAAUGUUAAUAUUGGAUGUAAAAAUACUCAACAAACCCCAGGAAGAGACUUUGGUGGGCUCAGUGUUUUCUCAUAUAAACACGUCUUUUACCGACAUUUACCGUUUUACCUUUAAUGACUUACUGCCCACAUGUGCUGUGUCCGUGUGCCGUCAGUAACAUUACUGAUAAUCAAUAGUAUGUGUCUGCAUUCCAGAAUAAAAGUCUUUAUGUUUUUCUUUCUGUCAGGAUCAGCAUGGAGGAUCCAGAUGAUUCGUGCCCAGAAGAAAUUCCUGGAGUUAAAGAAGCCCUGAAGAACAACGACACGGCCGGAGCAGCAAAAAGGAUUAAAGAAUAUUUAGAAAAACAAACCAAUGUCUCGUUAAAUAUCGCCAUCACAGGAGAAAGUGGUGCAGGUAAAUCCACCUUUAUUAAUGCCUUCAGGGGGAUAAAGAACAGAGACGAGGGAGCUGCUCCUACUGGUGUCACAGAAACUACGUCAGAGGUCACACCGUACCCCCAUCCAGAUAAUCCCAACGUCACUUUAUGGGAUCUUCCUGGAAUCGGAACCAAAGACUUCCCAGCGAGGAAAUACCUGAAGCUUGUUGGGUUUGACAAGUAUGACUUCUUCCUCAUCAUCUCAGACACUCGCUUCAGAGAAAACGACGUGAAACUCGCUCAGAAGAUUAAGAAGAUGAAGAAAAAUUUCUACUUUGUUCGCUCAAAGAUCGACAACGAUAUCCGAGCCGAGGAAAGUGUUUCAGACUCCAGCAAAGAGAAAACUCUCACAAAAAUCAGAGACGACUGCAUUCAGCGACUCAAAGACUUAGGCAUCGAGUCUCCACGAGUCUUCCUCAUGUCGAGUUUUCAGCUCCACAAGUUCGACUUCUCUCUCUUACAGACCUUAGAGAGAGAGCUUCCCAAAGAUAAGAGGGACACUCUGCUGUAUGUCAUGCCCAACGUCAACCCCGACGUCAUCAGCAAGAAGAAAAAAGCUUUAAAGGUACACUUAUAUCUCUUGGCCACUCUGUCUGCAGCUGCUGCAGCUGUUCCCGUUCCCGGGCUUUCUGUUGCUGUUGAUGUUGCUGUGCUGAUUGGUGCUGUCACACAUUUUGUACAUGCGUUUGGUCUCGAUGUCCAAUCUCUGAAGAGACUCGCUAUCAGAACAGCUGUGUCAUACACUGAGCUGCGUGAUGUCAUCAUUUCACCAGUGGCUGCGAAGGAAAUUACUAAAGAGCUCUUCCUGAAGGCGUUCGCCCAACUUGGAGGAGCAGCUGGAUUAAUUGGAGCAGAGGAAGUGUCCAGAUUCAUUCCCAUAGUGGGAAUCCCGGUAGCCAUGAGCCUCUCCUUCGUCACGACCUACAGAGUUCUGAACUUUAUCCUCAACCAGCUCGCUGAAGACGCUCAGAAGGUGUUAAAGAAGGCUCUGGUCUGAGCGUGGAAGUAAAAGGCAAUGAAACUCAGUGAAACUGGGAUUCACACAUGAAACUCAUUAAACCAGUCUCCUUGUACAGCUGGUCAGCUUCACACACUCAAACUUUUCUCAUCAUCACAUAAAUACAGAAACAAACAUCAUCAUAUUAUUCAGAUAUGAACUGUGUAAAGUGUAGAAGUCUGAGUCAUUGUCAUGUUUUUCCUUUGUGUAAGUGCUUCCUCAGGACAGUCAUCAGGAGAUACGAUGACCCACCUUCAACUAGUUGCGGCAGAUGGCUGCACUUCCUGGGUCUCCUUCCUGUUAAAGGCAGUUUUUCCUUCCCUCUGUCACCAGGUCUUUGGUCACAGAGUGAUGUCUGAUUGUUGGGCUUUUCUCUGAUUUGUAGGGACUUAACUGAACCUAAUUUAUCUGAGCUGUUUCUACCUUUACUCAAACGUGUCUUGUUGUUUGAAUAAAUUGUGAUGAAACUGGU